CCUGGAAACAAUGUCGUCAAUCUGUACGAAGUACACCCCAAAUUAUGACGAACUUGGUCAGCUAGCAGCGAGUCUUUUUACGUACCGUUUCCAGUUUUUUCCACUUUAUUCGCGUCUCGCAACUCAGCACUGCUCACAUAUGGGAUGAUUUGUUCUCUUUUUUAAAACACAUAUACUCUUUGUUUCGAUGAUUAACUUCCAUUGUCUUGACGCGGCGGCAGGCUUGCUCGCGUCUCUCUUUAGUGUUAAAGAGAGCUCUGUUGUUCUCUACAAUCGUUAGGUCUUGUUGAUAUCACCCUGCUUUUCUGCAUAGCACCAUAACCUUGGAACUUGGAGUAUGUUUUCAGCUCUACCGUCGUUGUUUCCGCGCUCGAUAUACCGAGCUCUGACGGCGGCUUCUGUUUUCUCUUUACUCCUGCUUUAUCUUUAUGUGCGAAAGCCGGUUUUUGUAAGCGACUCAGAAUACUUAAAAGAAGCUCGACCUUUGUGCGACAAGCUUAAGGGGAUUGACGACCUCUUUGUGAUUUUCAGAACUGGAGCUUCCGAAGUCCCUAAGAAGCUUCCUGUACACUUUUCGACUACUUUGCGAUGCGUUCCCAAUUACGGCAUUUAUUCCGACUACGAAGAGGAAAUUGAGGGGCACCAUGUCUAUAAUGCUUUAGAUGAAGUCAACCCCGAUAUUAUAGCCAACAACCCCGAUUUCGAGUAUUACCGGCGUCUGCAAGAAGGGGGUAGGAAGGCCUUCAGUGCCGAAGAAUUGGAGCAAUGGGCGACCGCCAAAAAUACAGAUGCCGGACGUGAUACGCCUGGUUGGAAAUUGGAUAAAUGGAAGUUCCUACCGCUGGCUGAGAAGGCCCUGCGGCAGCGACCCGAUGCUAAGUGGUAUAUCUUCAUAGAGGGAGAUACCUACGUACUCUGGCAAACUCUGUUAGAGUGGCUAUCACAUUUCGAUGCCUCCAAGCCGCAUUAUCUUGGAAUGCAGAUGCAGAUUGGCGACAUAGUCUUUGCUUAUGGCGGUGGCGGCAUUAUUGUCUCCAAUCCGGCAUUACAGAGGGUUGUGGCGCACCGUAGCGAGAAUCUACAGGCCUACGACGAUUUCACCGCAUCUCAUUGGGCGGGCGACUGUGUCUUAGGCAAGGCGCUAGCGGAUUCUGGCACGAAGUUAUUAUGGUCUUUCCCAACUGUUGUUGGCGAUCGACCCGCCGAUAUUGACUUCAACUCGACGUUUGGUGGAAAUGAGAAUAGGCCAUGGUGCUAUUAUGCCUCGAGCUAUCAUCACUUUUCGCCUGCUGAAAUUCCGCGAUUUGCUCGGUUUGAGUACAUCUGGAAUAAGAAGAACUCUCAUCGCCUACGUCACCGAGACGUGUUUCGCUACUACGUUCUCCCUCGUUUAUCAACGGAACACGACAAUUGGGAUAACUUAUCCGAGGUCGACCAAAGUGACGUCAGUUCUUUCGAGGACUGUCGUAGCCAUUGCGAAAGCCAGGCUGAUUGCAUGCAAUUUUCAUUUUCGGGUGACUCUUGCAAGACAUCUACGUCUCUGAGGCUAGGGCGUCAGACUUCUGGAGACGCUACCGAACGAACGAAAUCGGGAUGGGUAGUCGAUCGAAUUAAGAAGUACGUUGAGCGCAUGGACGCAACCUGCGGCCAUGAGGAUUGGGCUUUGCCUUGAAGACAUUGGCUUAGUAUUGUCUAAGUCCGUAUAGUCUUGGGGUCAGUGUCGGUAACUUCAGACGUGAUGCAGAAUAUUGCGAUCCUAGAAGUGCCGCUCCGUCCAACCGGGCCGUGUUCUCGGCUGUAACAUGGCUAG